AGCAGCAGAAAGAGAAGUGUGUGAUGCAGUGACUUUAUAAACUCCGAGCCCCACACACUGGGUUACCAGUCUGAAAGAAAGUGGUCAAGGGAAAUCUAAGGAAAUCCAAGACUUGACAGUUGUACACGAUCCUCUAAGAUGUGCCGUCAUAUUGACUGAUAUGGCUUUAAUUUAACAGUAAGGGGACAUUUUGUUCAUGCCUGUCACCACAGCUGAUCCAAGGAGAGUACUACCCCUGAAAAAACACUAAAACAGUAUGGGCUUGCUGAGUAUUUCCACUGAUAACUCAGAUGUUCAAGAACCAGAGCUGUACUCUGAUUAGGGCCAGUCACAGCAUGUUUAGGUUCUGCAUCAAUUGAAUUGUUAGAUUUUUGGCUUGCUCUCCUUUUUCAGUGGUCAGAAUGUGGUACCAGGCUCUGUUUUAUGACCUGAAGUUUAAAGCAGUCUGAGUAGCAUCAUUUUCACAUAUUUACACUUUCAAGCAUUAUAGGAUGCUUAACACACAGGAAUGUCAAGCCAUUCAGCAGAAGAGGUGUCAGUGCCAUUUGCUUUGCAGUUUCUUUCGUGGGUUUUUUUUCUGUUUUUGAGCACUGUUGUUGUAUAUUGUGAUCCUGAAUGUAAGAUGGGUUGGAAACUGGAAAUGUGGGGUACAAUCAGAAACAGUCUAGAGUGGGGUUAACAGGGGUUGAUGGUCUGAAGACUGACAUUAGUACUGAUAUGAUGCAUUUAAAACUACCACACGAAUGUCUCUGUUGCUCUUAUUAGCAGGACAUCGUAAUAACACGACUAAAAAAUAUUUUAAGUUGAUUUUUCCAUUGGUCUAAGGAUUUGGUCAAUUUAGGCUGAAAGGACGAAUGUGUAAGAUUUAGUGGCAUUCGGCAGUUAAGGUGCUGAUUGCACACAACCAAAUGUGCCACACCUCACCCUUCCCUUCCAAGUGUGUACAAGAAAGUACUGUGACUGCUUAAAAUGCAAAAGGCUACCAGUGUUUGGUUUGUCUGUUCUGGGCUACUGUAGGAAGAUGGCAGAGGACCUGCCUUGUAGAUGCUCAUUGUAAGGUAAUGAAAACACAGAAAUUUGUACUUACAGAGGAUUAUACAUAACUAAAAAAUAAUUAGGAAUAUUUUAUUCAAUUUUUGCCAAUAGGUCCCUAUUGGACUGGACCUUUAAAAAGUGCCAUGAUCCAUGCUGUUGCCAUUGUGCAACUCAGACUUCUAACUCAUUUGUUGGAUUAAUUUAAAAUGUUAUUAUUUAUUCAGAUAUAUCACCUAGAGAAGCAGACACAAAUAUGUCUGCUUCUUUGGGAAGUACUUUCACCAAAGCUAGCCACCUUUAUUAUUGCAGCUUUUGACCUCAAUCUGUGUAGAAAAUAUCAUCACAGUCCAAUGACAUUUAAACUCUGUGUAAGCUGGUAAUGCAACUAACAUUUCUGAGACUUAAGAUAAGAGAUUUAGUUAUUCUUCAGGAGGAAAAUGAGGAAUUGUUUUAAGUAUUUAAACUCUUUCAGUGUGUCCUCCCUUUAUUUUACUGUGCAAGCCAAAUAUUCCUAACCACAAUAUUGAUAUUUGCUAAAAGUAAAUUGACAUCUUCAUUGAUUUGAGUAAGAAAUGCUGCCUCUUUUUGUUUCUGUUCUGAAGAGUUUUUACUCUUUUUUACUUAAGUAAAAAAAGGGUUUUUUUUUGUGUGUGUGUAAAAGUUUGCAGUUUCUUGUUGUCAUCCAGAUGGUUGUAGCAAUUGUGACCACCAGAUGUGUGAUUGUGUUACAGCUUGUCAGAAAGAUUGCAGUUGGAAAGUUUUAGUUUGUGGCUUUUAUGUAACAUUUGCACUAUUUGUAAAGUUUGCAAAAUACAAAAUACCUUUACACAUCAUGCCGCAGUUCUUCUCAGUAAAUAUGGCGCCAUACAAUUCUACCAGUAUUUAAAACUAUCAAGAAUUUAUUUAUAUUAAAAGGCUGAUGAUAGUCACUUUAUACUGCAGAUGGCCACUAUUUUGUACUUUUUGAGGUCUUGAUUUUGUGUACAGUCAAGACUAUAUUAUGAAGGUAACUGCUCCCUGAAGCUCCAAACCUCAGGUGCCAUCAGAGAUCUACAUUAAUUGAAGACAGGAAAACCUGAGGCACAGGUGGUAGCAGAAUUAGUCAAGAAUCAACAACUGACUGAAGGAGCAGAGUUCACCAAGGAAACAUCCAUCCAUUCAUUCAUUAUCUAUACACCGCUUAAUCUUCAUUAGGGUAGCGAGGGACUGGAGUCUAUCCCAGCUGACUUAGGCUGAAGGCAUGGGACAUCUGGACAGGUCACCAGUCUAUCACAGGGCUACACAUAGAGACAAACAGUCACACUCACAUUCACACCUACAGACAAUUUUGAGUCACCAAUUAACCUCAGCAUGUUUUUGGACUGUUAGAGGAAGCCGGAGGAAACCCAUGCAAGCACAGGGAGAACAUGCAAACUCCAAAAUGACCCAAUAUUCAAAAUUUCUUGUUUUCAUGGAACCAAACAAUUUGAAGUUUUUCAUGGCUGUUUUGGGAUUUGUUUAGUAGUGCACCAAAGAGUGAUUCUUAAUGCAAUAUUUCACAAAUGUAUCGGGUGUCCGAAAACUUUUUUCCACCGCUGUACAAUAAGCCCAGGCACAGACAAUAAAGACACAGCAGGCAGAAUAGAAGUUUCAUGUUUUUGGGUUUGUUUUUUUUUGUACAAUCAGGUAAAUCACAGGAUUAAAGAGGAUGACAGAUAGACAUUGUGCAAUGGCGACGUCUGCAGGAAUGAUAGGGAACUACAAGAGCAAGAGUACUCAGACAGGGAAAGCUACGGAACCCCAGAAGGGACACUGGACUGAAAUGCAAACUACAAAUACUACACAGACUUAACCACAAGAAUCUAAGUUGAAAAGGCAGGGGAUCGAACCAGAACCGAGUAACACAGAGCUAGGAAAGUUAAGACGGGAUUGGUCUUCAGUAAACAGCAGACUGAAAUGUUCUCACUGAUGAGUCACUGUCAAAAACAAAAGAGCACCAAAGAUGUCAGAGGAAUCUGACUGCGGUGAACGUGGAGCAAAGUGGAUAGAUGUAACAGACGACCACUUUAAAACCAUUGUUACUACAGGAAACUCUCUCUUUCAAUGUCUUCCUGUAAUCUAAGACAGUCCUCAACGCAGCCAGAGAGAAUACUUUCUCUGGUUAACAGCAUUCUCCAAGUCCGCCCUCUGACACACUUAUGUAGAUUUGGUAGCAGUUUCGUGUACACCUAUUCCAAUAUGCUUGGAUGUUUUCCUGUAAAGUCAAGCUAUCUUGACUGCAGCAAGUUCGGGAAUUACAGAAUGACAAAAGAGUAUGUGUUGUUGCAUCAGAUCACUGUAUGAGGAGUAGAUAUUUGUUGUGAUUCACAAGACAAAUGUGCUUUCACAACAGACAGAACCAUCCAAUCAGCUCUAACAAGGCCUGAACAGGCAAUCUACAGACAAUCAAUGACAUUCUUGGCUUCAGAUGCAGGUGCUUAAAGGGCCAGUAACAAUGUAACAUUGGUUUUAAACCAAAAGUAAACUAAUUUAUGACUGAGUACUUAAUUAAUUACAAGGAGCAAUUAAAGGACACAUUUUACCAUUUCAAGAAUCAAGAGUCUUUAUUGUCAUUGUGUUUCCACACAACGAAAUUACGAUUGGUGACUCCCAGCUAUAGAUAAAAAUAGAAAAUGACACACUAUAUACAAAUGAAAUUAAAAAAAAAUUUAAAUCCUCAAAAAUAUAAAUAUGUAAACAGAGUUAGUGCACAUGAUCCGUAGGGUGAGUUUGUUCUGGAUUUAAGGUUAUUUGUGUUCAAAAGAGUUGUGAAGUGAUCUGAAAGAGACAGGGAGGAGUUACAGUUUACUGUAAAUUAGCAUGCAGGAAAAUUCUAAGUCAAACAGUAGCAAAUUGCACAUUACAACAGAAGUGGACAACAUGUGUUGAGACACCAGCACAUGUUGUCCACACCAGUACAAGUGUGGAGAGUGACAGCACAGAAAGCUGAGUGAUGGGACUUGCACAGUCUGACUGCAGGGGGAAAGCUAUGCCUAACUGACACCUGUGGAUACUUGUUGGGGACGUAAUUAUGUCACACUCAGCUUUAGGUCAAGUUUGCAAUACUGGCAUGUGAGCUUUCGCUUCAUUUGUGGGUGUUUUAACCCAGAGUUCGCUUUACUGAUUGAGCAGUAGAGCGCGGUGCACCUGUGGAUGCAUUCUCCAUCCAGCCAUUGGAACCCAGAUUUCACUGACGCAGCUGAGACACACCUACAGAAAAUUUAACCACAGCAUGUUAUUGGACUGUGGGAGGAAGCCAGAGUACCUGGAAAAAACCCAAGCAUGCACAUGGAGAACAUGCGAACUCCAUGCAGAAAGAUCCCAGGAAGGUGGGACAUGAACCAGGGGUCUUCUUAAUAAGCAGAUUACAAGUGUUUGGAUUAAAACUAAUGCUUCUGAUUAAGCCUGAAGGAAAAAAACAUGAGUCAACAUUUCAACAUUUAAUAAUACCCCUUGAUAAACGGAAAUUUUUUCCAAAAUUCGAUGAUUUCAGCACUUCUAAAAAUAAGCAAUCGCAGAAAGAGGAUGCAAGAAAGUCUUGGCUAAUACUGAAAUGAAGUGAUUCAUAAGGUAGAAGAAUUUAAGAACUUUUAGUCCUGGCAUGGAUAGCUUUCAACUUGUGAACUCUGAAACCUUCAACAUAAUAGUUAGUGGUAGGGGGCCAAAUACUGUAUUUAAAAAUGUGUCUUUUAGCGCUGUUUUUAGGGGAGAAUAAGUAUCUACUCAAAGACAGAUACUUCUGAGGGUUCAAGAAAUGCUGCUGUGAGGGUCUUGAUGAUGACUGGUUAACCUCAGAAAGGACAAGUACCAUUUUUCUGCUCUCUUCGCUAUGUAAUAGUCUUCUCUCAAACAUCACCAUCAUCAACUCAGAACUCACCAUACAGUAUAGGCAAACAUAAUAAAUUCAUGUUAGCUUUUCAGUGUGUGGAUACAACAAGAACUAUAAUUUCUUGGAGUUUUCCUGCGUUUAUUAGGGUCAGUGUAUUACUUCUUUUGCUUUCAGUUUAAUUUUGGCAGUGGUCGGGGUUCUAUUGUUUUCUUGGAAAGAGCAAUAACAGCGGUGGCAGAGACCGGAACUUAAUGAGUCUGACGAGUGUGGGUGUUUUUUCCAGAGGAGGAGGACUCAUUUCAACACAAAUUCCUCACAGCCAAAUCAGAAGUGGAUGUAAACAACCUCUAACUGAUGUCAUUUAGAGGAACCAACUGACAGGCUGGAUAUCAGAACUGAGCGACCCCACAGGUCACUGUUAUGAGCUGGAGUUGUAGGAACCGCAACCAUGGCUGUCUGGAACAGUAGCUUGCGGUCUGUCAGGUCCACUUUCGUCAUAUUGUGGAUGUUGAUGUGGAAUGCUAGUUGUGACGUACAGCUUCAAGGAGAGGAGGAAGAGAUUUUUCAUUCUGACAUACAGACCAAACUGGGAUGGACCUCUGAACCCCCCAGGAAAUGGAAAGAAAUUAAGCUACCAGUUGGUACAGAUGGGACUACUGUACCUGUGCUCCAAGCUUGUGAAAAUAAAAUAAAGCAAACUAUUUUAAGCCCGUGGAUGGAACGUAAAGAUGCCCAUUACCUACUGAUGGAUAUUUCAAUUGCCCAAGAAGAGGAGUCAUCGGGUCAGCUCAACUCAGUGCAAGUUUACUGUUUUGAUUCAGACACCCCGAUCACAAAAUUUCGGAAUAGCGAGCCAGUCCUGAGCAUCCAAACCUCCAAGCUGCUCCCAGAUGGAGUCCACCACAAUCAAAUGUCCAACUACCUAAAUCGCAGCCUGGCCUUGAAUGUCUGCUCACUCAGCCGCAGAGGCUUCCAGAUCGCCUUCUCCUUUUCAGGAGCGUGUGUGUUUUUGACCUCCAUCAGACUGUACUACAGGAGGUGCCCUGACAUUGUUUCUGAUCUGGUCUCAUUUGGGGGUAUGGCUGCUGGGUCGGAGCCUCUGUCUGGUUCUUGCGUGGAGGGAGCUGUUGAGGUUUCUCCUCCUUUAAGGGAGUGUAACAUGAAUGGAGUGUGGAUGCCACUGCAGGGUGGGUGCACUUGUAAAACCGGGCAUCAAGUCAUGAAUGACACCUGCGAAGCCUGUAAGAUGGGUUACUACAAAGCAGCCAAUGAGAGUGCAGGAUGCCAGCUGUGUCCAAGGAAUACAGGGACCCAAAAGGAGGGAUCAGAGAGGUGUGACUGCCUACAAGGUUUCAGCCGUUUGCCAAGUGACCCCCAUGACCUCGGCUGCACCAAGCCACCUUCUGCUCCUGUGAAUCUAACAGCUCGCCAUCAUAAUGACUCUGUGCUAACGGUGACGUGGGACCCUCCUCAUGACAGGGGAGGCAGACAGGAAGUGAAGUAUCAUGUGAAGUGUGAGAAGGAAGCUGACGCCGGCAGCCAGUGGGAGGCGUGUGGAAGUGAUGUGAUUUUUCUGCCAUACUCAGCAGAACUGACCAACACAUCAGUCAAGAUCAUGGGACUGAACCCGCAGCGCGACUACAGAUUGUCAGUGCAAGCCUCCAACGACAUAUCCAUCCUCCAGGGGGCACCGCAUUUAUCCACUGCAGCUAUUACCAUUCACAGAUGUAUGUAAGCAGUAAUGUCAACAUAUUGUGUAGCCUGUGGGCCUAUAGCACUAAACCAAAACAGCUCUGUCUCGCUCUUUUCCAUUUAGUCUUCUAUCAGUGAAGAGGACAUGGUUUGUCCCAGACAGCUGGUAUCAUAAAGGUGGUUAUCACCUAGAUCUGUUAGCUUUGUGUGCAGGUUGUUGCUAGAGGUACGGACCCGUACCCGUAGCCUGUGGACUACGGAUACGGCACUUGCCAUUUGCCAAUCAGAUACGCGAGAUCUGGUCACGUGACUCCCGGUAGACGCUAGCGGUACGGACCGUAGCAUC